GCCCCGCAGCGCGUCAGCAGCCAUGCCGCCUCAGCUGCACAACCGCGCCGACCUGUCGGCCAAGGUCGUGCACGGCGCCCUGGACGGCCUGCCGCGGGCCGUGCGGGAGUUCGUGGAGAGCCACGGCCGGCUGUGCGAGCCCGACGCCAUCCACAUCUGCGACGGCUCCGAGGAGGAGAACCAGCGGCUGCUGGCCCGCAUGCAGGAGGAGGGCGUGCUCAAGAAGCUCCGCAAGCUCCACAACUGCUGGCUGGCGCUCACGGACCCCCGGGACGUGGCCCGCAUCGAGAGCAAGACGGUGAUCAUCACCCAGGAGCAGAGAGACGCCGUGCCCGUCCCCAAGGCCGGCGCCAGCCAGCUGGGGCGCUGGAUGUCCGAGGAGGACUUCGAGAAGGCCUUCAGUGCCAGGUUCCCCGGGUGUAUGAAGGGCCGCACCAUGUACGUGAUCCCCUUCAGCAUGGGCCCGCUGGGCUCGCCGCUGGCCAAGGUGGGCGUGGAGCUGACGGACUCGCCCUACGUGGUGGCCAGCAUGCGGAUCAUGACGCGCAUGGGCUCGGCCGUGCUGCAGGCCCUGGGCGACGGGGAGUUCAUCAAGUGCCUGCACUCCGUGGGCUGCCCGCUGCCCCUCAAAAGGCCCCUGGUCAACAACUGGGCCUGCAACCCCGAGCUCACGCUCAUCGCCCACCUCCCGGACCGCAGGGAGAUCGUGUCCUUCGGCAGCGGCUACGGCGGGAACUCGCUGCUGGGGAAGAAGUGCUUCGCGCUCAGGAUCGCCAGCCGGCUGGCCAAGGAGGAGGGCUGGCUGGCCGAGCACAUGCUGAUCCUGGGGAUCACGAAUCCUGCGGGGGAGAAGAAGUACCUUGCAGCCGCCUUCCCCAGCGCGUGUGGGAAGACCAACCUGGCCAUGAUGAACCCCACCCUCCCUGGGUGGAAAGUGGAGUGCGUCGGGGACGACAUCGCCUGGAUGAAGUUCGACAGCCAAGGUAACUUACGGGCUAUCAACCCAGAGAACGGUUUCUUUGGGGUGGCUCCUGGCACCUCCGGAAAGACGAACCCCAACGCCAUGAAGACCAUCCAGAGGAACACCAUAUUCACCAACGUGGCGGAGACCAGUGACGGCGGCGUGUACUGGGAAGGCAUGGACGAGCCCCCGGCCCCGGGGGUCAGCAUCACGUCCUGGAAGAACAGGGAGUGGACCCCGCAGGACGGGGAGCCCUGUGCCCAUCCCAACUCGCGGUUCUGCACCCCUGCCAGCCAGUGCCCCAUCAUCGACCCUGCCUGGGAGUCUCCGGAAGGUGUGCCCAUCGAGGGCAUCAUUUUUGGAGGCCGCAGACCUGCGGGCGUCCCUCUUGUCUACGAAGCUCUCAACUGGCAGCACGGGGUGUUUGUGGGGGCUUCCAUGAGGUCGGAGGCCACGGCAGCGGCGGAACACAAAGGCAAGGUCAUCAUGCACGACCCCUUUGCCAUGAGGCCCUUCUUCGGCUACAACUUUGGCAAGUACCUGACCCACUGGCUGAGCAUGGCCCAGCGCCCGGCGGCCAGGCUGCCCAAGAUCUUCCACGUCAACUGGUUCCGGAAGGAUAAGGACGGGAAGUUCCUGUGGCCGGGCUUCGGGGAGAACAGCCGGGUCCUGGAGUGGAUGUUCAACCGGAUCAACGGGGAGGACAGCGCCCGGCUCACGCCCAUCGGCUACGUCCCGAAGCGGGGCGCCCUGAACCUGAAAGGCCUGGGGAACGUCGACAUGGAGGAGCUCUUCGCCAUCUCCAAGGAGUUCUGGGAGAAGGAAGUGGAAGACGUGGAGAAGUAUCUGGAAGAUCAAGUCAACGCCGACCUCCCGUAUGAGAUCGAGCGGGAGGUCCUGGCUCUGAAGCAGAGAAUUAGCCAGAUGUAGUGGGGGUGAAGAGGGUGGGGGGGCCACGUCUUUAGAACCAGCCCGUCCCGCCGGAGGACGCACCUGCAGCCCAGAGGCUGCCGCCCUUCCCG